GGAAUUUAAGAGGCCUUAAGUCCGCACAGAAGCUAUAUAUUGGUCCGCUACGUGCAUGAUAACACAACGCGCAGAUAGCGAGACACCUACCUAGUAUGUAGUAUGUAAUAGAGCUGAUAAACCACUCCGAAAGAAACCAUUUGCGUGCAACAAUAUCCAAAAGACUGAGGGAUAAAUGGAUCAAGAUAACGUCAAAAACGUCCUCGAAUUCGUAAAAAGGCAUCAUACGUCUUUAUACGAAUUCAUCGAACCCUCGAAGCUACGCUUACACCCUAACUACAGCGUCUGUAUCAUAGGCGCCAGCCGCGGCAUCGGCGAACACAUAGCAUACGCGUACGCAGCUGCCGGCGCCCACAGAAUCAUCCUAGCCGGACGCCCAUCAUCGCAGACCCUCCUGGGAAGUGUAGCGGCCAAAGCGCGGACCCUGAAUUCUAACCCAGGGGCAUCCGUUACCAUCUCCUCGGUUGACUUGGCAUCGAGCUCUGAGGUAGCGGACCUAGCCCGCAUGGUCCGCGCUCAGAUCCCGCGCCUCGACGCCGUCGUCUUUAACGCGGGGUUCUCGGGCCCGGUGACCUUACGCAUUGACGACGGCGAGCCCGCUGAUUUCCGGACUUGCGUUGACGUUAACUACUUGGGCGCGUACCACGUGGCGCAUUGGUUCUUGCCGUUGCUGAGACGAGAUGGUGCUACUAGUGUUGGUGUUGGUGAUGGUGAUGGAGGAGAGGGGGCAGGGGCAGGAGCUUUCAUCGUGGUGAGCGCGAUGGCGGCGCUGAUCACGCGGGGCCCGAUCGCGAAUACGGGGUACUGCGUUAGCAAGAUGGCGCAACUGCGGCUCGUGGAGAUGGUCGCGGAGCAGUAUGGCAAAGAAGGCGUGUUAGCUGUCGCGGUCCAUCCUGGUGCCGUGCUGACGGAGAUGGCGAUGCAGGCACCGGAGGAGUUCGCGCCAUAUUUGAUUGAUAGUCCUGCACUGUGCGGGGGGUUCUGUGUUUGGCUUUGUGCUGAGAAGGAGAAGAGGCGCUGGAUGAACGGUCGACUUCUGUCUGCUACUUGGGAUGUCGAGGAGUUGCUUUCCAAACAUAAGGAAAUUGUUGAGAAGGAUUUGCUGAAAUUUCGAAUGGCUAUAUGAUGGAUUCAAUCUGGCGUAAAGCCAGUAUUCUAUCUACGCACUCAACGGAUACCUUGGUAGCUAUCACAUUGUAGCUACUCCUUACCUGUUGGAAACAUGACCUAUCUAUGAUUCCAUCCGAUCUUCAAACCUUACCCAUAACUCUGGUUUCCACCACAUAACAUGGAGGUGAUUUUCUUGGUCCCAAUCCAAUUCCGUAUUAACAAGGGACAUGUUGUAACGCCAGAGAAGCUUUGCCAAUAUCACAUUCAUCUCAACGUAUGCCAGAUUUCGUCCUAGACAAGCGCGGGGCCCCAACAAAAACGGUUGACUUGCGUCCCUAUUAUCUUUGGUAUCAUUGGAUAACCACCGUUCAGGAAUGAAUUGAUUAGGUUCCGUAAAGUAUUCCGGGCUGUGAGUGAUGGUCCAGCCGCUGGUGUAUAUCUCGGUGCCUUUUGGAACCCAGUGUCCGUCUAUCUUAGCCCCAGGAGAGAUUCGGGGGAAGCCUUGAGACCCCGGAGGAUAUAUACGCAGCCCCUCGUUAAUAACGGCUUGUAAGUAAGGGAUCUGUUUUGCUGAUGCUGCUGUGAUGGUGGAAUAUUCGACAAACUCUUGUCGAAUCAAGGCUGACACCUUUUGCAAAGUCUUAGGAUUUUUUAGUAGGUGAUAAGUUACGCCAAUGAGAAAUGUAGAGACAGUUUCUCCUCCUG